GUUUCAUUUUGAUGGAGAAUCUUAAAGGAAAACUUAAAGAUCUCUCGUGUAUACCUGGUGCAGACGAGUCCUCAGCAAAUUUAGGUGCAUGUAAUCUGUUGAAUUAUGAUCUAGACAAGACUUUUGCCAAUAUGGAGGUUGAACAACUGAGCUCCUACAUUUGCAGUGAUAAGAGGAAGAGAAUUAUGGAGAUGUUUUUUGAAGACAUCUCCAAAUAGAAAGCAGAGAGCUAACAGUGACAACAGUAGAUCCACGUAGUGAUUGAUAUAAGUAGAUUACGAGUUCUCUCCUAUGAGCUAUCUAUCUUGCUUGAGAAAGCCUGUUGUUAUGUAUAAUCAAAUUCUGAUGUGUUUUUCUUGAAGAGGGGAGCUACUUAUUUCCAUCUAAUUUUUGAGCUGUGUUAAAGAUGGCUUAAUUUUAGUAUAAAAAAGUUGGUUUGGAGAAGAAUAAAAGGAAUUUUCAUUUGGUUGGUGUUA